UUAAUAUUAAAUUUUAACUGAUCUUAUAACAAUUAUAAAUGUGGAACCUUGUAUUAACGUCUCAAGCUUCUUUACCCAAUGAAAAUAUUUGCAUCGAUGUUUACGGAAAAAAAACUAAAAAAAAUUGAAAAUGUCUACUAAACAAUUGGUGGAAAUUUAAGAAAGUAUGGAAAAUUCAGAAAAUCAAUCUAUCAAAGUUGGAUUGUUAGAAGAAGAAGCUCGAAAACGCAAAGAACGAUUGGCAAAUUUGAAAAAAUCUUUAGAAAAUAAAAAUAAUCAAAAAAACAAUGAGGACAGUGUAGAGAAACCUUUACCAAAGCCCAGAUUUAAAAGUUAUAUCCCAGAAGAUGAAGGGCUUAAGGCUGAACUUAUACCUACUCCUCAACCAGGUGACAUUGUUGCUGAAGUCGAGGACCAAUUAAAGGCUGGAGAAACCGUUUUUACUGUUCAGGAAUUGGAUUUAAACACAUUAGCACCAAGAAAGCCAGAUUGGGAUUUGAAAAGAGACAUAGAAAAAAGGAUGACCAAACUCGAAAGGCGGACACAGAGAGCAAUUGCUGAGCUAAUACGGGAUCGAUUAAAAGGAGAACAGAAUAUAGAUUUGGCAAUGGCUGUAAAUGAAGGUGCCAGAGCAAAUGCUCAAAUUGAUAACGAUGAAGAGUAGUGUUCUCUUAUAUUUUUU